CAAGUAAAAACUAAUUAAGUACAAAAACCAACCUUCCAAAAGUCAGAUCAAAUUAAAUGGCUUCCUCUUCCUCUUCUCCGACGGCGGCGCUCUCUCCUCGUACGGAAGAGGAACUAACUCUGACGGUUAAGUGGAAUGGAAAAGAGUACACCGUCCGAAUCUGUGCCGAUGACUCAGUGGCCGAGUUAAAACGUCGCAUCUGCCUUCUCACCACCGUCUUACCGAAACGCCAAAAGCUUCUUUAUCCCAAGAUCGGAAACAAACUCUCUGACGAUUCUCUUCUGCUCUCUUCGAUCUCCUUUAAGCCCUCGUUGAAGAUGACAAUGAUCGGUACUGUUGAAGAUGAUAUAAUAGUGGAUCAAGCAGAAUCUCCAGAAAUUGUUGAUGAUUUUGAGCUUGGUAAGGAAGAAGCUGUGGAUGUUAAAGACAAGGAAGUCAAUAAGCAGAAGUUGAGGAGAAGAAUUGAUCAAUACAAGAUAAAUCUUCGAACGCCAUGUCGCAAAGGCAAGAAACUUCUUGUUCUAGAUAUUGACUAUACAUUGUUCGAUCAUCGUUCUACAGCGGAGAACCCCUUACAGCUUAUGCGUCCUUAUCUCCAUGAAUUUCUUACCGCUGCAUAUGCAGAAUACGAUAUCAUGAUAUGGUCUGCUACCAGCAUGAAGUGGGUUGAGUUGAAGAUGACAGAGCUGGGAGUGCUCAACAAUCCUAACUACAAGAUCACAGCUCUUCUCGACCAUCUUGCAAUGAUCACGGUCCAGUCAGACACUCGUGGCAUUUUUGAUUGCAAACCACUAGGCUUAAUUUGGGCACUACUUUCUGAGUUCUAUAAUCCUGGGAACACGAUAAUGUUUGAUGACUUAAGGAGGAAUUUUGUAAUGAAUCCUCAAAACGGUCUAACAAUCAGGCCGUUUAGGAAAGCUCACGCAAACCGAGAUACAGAUCAAGAGCUUGUGAAGCUGACUCAGUACCUUCUGACAAUAGCAGAGCUUCAAGAUUUGAGCUCUCUACACCAUAGCAGAUGGGAAUCAUUCUCCCAGGACAACGUCAAAAGGCGCAGACAGGAAUGACUUAGCAUCCAUAUUAUUGGGGUUUUGUUUAGUUUCUUGAACAUUCAGAUGUCACUUUUCUGUUUGCUUUAAAUAUUUUAAAGGAGUGUAAGCAUUAGUAGUAUCUAAUGUUGAACUUUCCACAGUAACAAUCAAAAUAUUUCUUAAGGAUUUCUAAUAAAUGAUGCGAGUUUAGUUA